UAUAAUGAUAGGGCGUAUUUUGUCACCUUUGUUUUGUUCAGCAUGCCCCCCAGACUUUUCUUCCUACCAGAUUUACCGCAUUCCGUCUCGGACAAACUGCGAAGCGAGUUGUGCUGCCUAUCUGACAUCUGACGCAAGUCUGGCCAGAGAGCACCAGGUGCGAAGUGGAGUGAGCCGUGAUUCCAAUCGAUUCAAACCGACCUCUCGGUCUCCACAUACAACAACAUGGGAAAAGAGAAGACCCAUAUCAACAUCGUGGUCAUCGGCCAUGUCGACUCCGGCAAGUCCACCACCACCGGUCACUUGAUCUACAAGUGUGGUGGCAUCGAAAAGCGUGCCAUUGAGAAGUUCGAGAAGGAAGCCCAGGAGAUGGGCAAGGGCUCCUUCAAGUACGCCUGGGUGCUGGACAAGCUGAAGGCCGAGCGUGAACGUGGUAUCACCAUCGAUAUCGCCCUGUGGAAGUUCGAGACAACAAAGUACUAUGUAACUGUCAUUGAUGCCCCCGGACAUCGUGACUUCAUUAAGAACAUGAUCACAGGAACCUCACAGGCUGACUGUGCUGUGCUGAUUGUGGCUGGUGGUACUGGUGAGUUCGAGGCUGGUAUCUCCAAGAACGGACAGACCCGUGAGCACGCCCUGCUGGCCUACACCCUGGGUGUCAAGCAGCUCAUCGUGGCGGUCAACAAGAUGGACAGCACCACGCCCCCCUACUCCGAGGCUCGCUUUGAAGAAAUCACCAAAGAAGUGGGUAACUAUAUCAAAAAGGUCGGCUACAACCCCGCCACCGUUGCGUUCGUGCCGAUCUCAGGUUGGCAUGGUGACAACAUGCUGGAAAUUUCCCCCAAAAUGGGCUGGUUCAAGGGGUGGUCCGUCGAGCGCAAGUCCGGUAACGCCUCGGGCCAUACGCUUUUUGAAGCUCUGGACUCCAUCCUACCUCCGAAAAGGCCUACAGACAAACCUCUCCGCAUUCCCCUGCAGGAUGUGUACAAGAUCGGCGGUAUUGGAACUGUGCCCGUGGGCCGUGUGGAGACUGGCAUCCUGAAGCCAGCCAUGGUGGUCACCUUCGCUCCCACCAACGUGACCACUGAAGUCAAGUCCGUGGAGAUGCACCACGAGUCUCUGCCCGAAGCCCUGCCCGGAGAUAACGUCGGCUUCAACGUCAAGAACCUGUCCAUCAAGGAUCUCAAGCGUGGCAUGGUCGCUGGUGACAGCAAGAACGACCCACCCAAGAAGACUGCUUCCUUUGUUGCACAGGUUAUCGUGAUGAACCACCCAGGCGAGAUCCAUCCUGGCUACGCGCCCGUGCUGGAUUGCCACACCGCCCACAUCGCCUGCAAGUUCGCUGAGCUGCAGGAGAAGAUCGACCGUCGUUCCGGCAAGAAGCUGGAAGACAACCCCAAGAUGGUCAAGUCUGGCGACGCUGCCCUGAUCGAGAUGCUUCCGUCAAAGCCCAUGUGUGUGGAGACCUUCUCUGAAUACCCGCCCCUGGGUCGUUUCGCCGUGCGCGACAUGAAGCAGACCGUGGCCGUCGGCGUCAUCAAGUCCGUGAAAAAGACGGAUACUGCUGGGAAGAUCACGAAGGCCGCGCAGAAGAAGAAGUGAUGGUCGCUUUACGUCUCACCACGCCCCGCCAUCGCAACCGCCAAUGAUACGACCACAGUAGAGACUGGAAAAUCAACAUCUGAGCGCGUUUCAACUUCGCAGCCUACAUUUCGGCACUCGCCUGGUUACUCACCCAUAGUCAUAAGCUUCAUUGGAAACACACAGGAAAAAGUGAGACUGUGAGAACACUACCAAAAAUGUCUCAAUGAUUUUAAAGCUGUUUGUAAACACUCAUGUCUCAUCGCUUGUGUGACAAGAAACCAUCAUAUUAGUGUGCAUCUGUGUGAAGGCAACUUUUUGGCCAACCUUUUUUUAUUAUUCUUAUUCUUAAGGUCGCAUCAGUUCUGGGGUUCCUAGAGUAUGUCAUCCAUAUAAUAAAAUCAAAAUGCCCUUAGUGACCUUAUACUGGGUGGGGGGAUAUGCCUGUCUUAUCCAGAAAGUUCCUUUUUCCAGAACCAUGAUGCUCAGGAACGGUUCUCGAUAGUUCUAAGCUUAUCCAGGACAAUCUACGUCCUUAAAUACACGGAGACUAUCCAAAACCGAGCCUGACACUAACUCGUUAACCGGAUAUGCACUCUUUUGGAUACAAUAUCGUUGCAACUGGAGGAAGAACAUGAAUUGACAGGGUACCGGUGUAUUUUAGCACAGUAAUUUUAGACAUCACACAUCUGUAUGUGAAUAACACUAAUGGCAUAUACUCUCUUUUUAUUCGUAAGUACAGUAUUACAAUGUAUUUUCGGGGGCAGAAAAUAAAAUAGGACACCCACUGAACAUAUGUAGGGUGUGUAGAUGUAGCCUAAAGCAACUAGCAACGCAAGCCUGGCCGCUAACUCUACUAGUGGAGAUUGAUGUCUUUCCUUAACUUUUUACCUACUAGUUGAACAACUGCAAUCUCAAUAAUAGUCGCCAAAUGGCGCCGAAAUGAUGCUCACCCUGUGAGUCGGAAAAAUGGCUG